AUGCAGUUUCCUCUUGGGAAGAGAGACGUCUUGAAGAAGUGGGUGUCAAACAUCCGGCGCAAGAACUUCACCCCUACACGACACCACGUGAUUUGCUCAGAACAUUUCCGUGAGGCGGAUUACCUCGAAAAUGUGGCUUCUGGGAGGCGGUACCUGAAGCCUGAAGCGAUUCCCACAGUGUUUAAUAUCCCUGAGAAACUGAGGAAGGGUGGUAAGAAGAGACAGCCUCCCGCCCGUCGGAAGCCACCUGACCCUCCUCCAGGCAGUCUGCCGAUACCCGAAGAGAACGAGGCAGAACCUCCAUCCGUGGGAAUGGGGGUGGUUGGCCUGGAACAUUCCUACUUUCUCCCGACAAGUCCAGUUCUGGAUCUUCAAUUGUCGUCUUCAGAUGACGAAGGCCCGGAGAAGCCUCUGACGACGCAGACAGGCCCUUCUCCCCUCCAGAUGAGGGAAAGCAGGGAAAGAACAGAGCAGGACGCCGCGGAGGAGCCUAUAGCCAACUCGGAGGACGAGCGCCAGAAUUUCCGGGGUUUCUAUUACCAAGAGGCGGAAGGCCCGCGCACCGUCUGCAGCCGGCUCUGGGACCUUUGCCACCAAUGGCUGAAGCCGGGGAGGCACACCAAGCUGCAGAUGCUGGAUCUGGUCAUCCUCGAGCACUUCCUGGCCAUCCUGCCGCAGGAGAUGCAGGGCUACGUGAAGGCCGAGGGGCCGGCAAACUGUGACCAGGCAGUGACCCUGGCGGAGGAGUUCCUCAAGAGUCAGCCGGCGGAAGAGGUGCAGCAGCCGUUGGCCGAGAUGGCCACCAACAUCUGCGCAUCAAAGGACGUCUCCACAGGCACUCCGCAUUCUCCGUGGUUAAGAGGAAUCACCAAGAAAGAGGAUGAAAUGACCAUCAUUUCAGGAAAUGGGACUCCAGGGGAAAUUAAGACGGAAAGCAAUCCUGUGGAAGACUCCAUGUUAGAAGAUGUGAUUCCCCCAGAAAACAUCUCCCCUGUGAUUGAACUGGUUGAAACUGUCGUGUGGCAGAGCGAGGAUGAGGGGGACGCUUCGUGCGAGGGAAGUGAUGGUGCAGACAUGGAAGAGGAUUCUGGGGAUCUGGAAGGAACAAAGACACAUGAGGGGAACCAAGCAGCUGAGAAGAGAAGAGGGACCUUGACAGCCCAGAGUGACCAAAGGCAGCAGAAAGAAGCCGGAAAACAACUAGAGGCACCAAAUCCAAGAGAAGGCAAUUCUUCCUGUGGCUCUCAGAUGGAGGGGAUUCCUGGCAAUGUGCAGGGUGCAGAGGGCCCUCAAGAAACCCUUCAACAGAAACCAGCGAAAGGAUAUCUCUACAUCUGUGUCUACUGUGGGGAAAGUUUCCAUAAGCAGUCACAGCUCGUCUUCCACGAGAGGGAUCAUACUGGAGACAAACGGCACAGCUGCACCCACUGCGGCCAACGUUUCUCCUCCCGCCCCGAGCUUCUCAGCCACAAGGCGAGCCACGCGGGCGACCGCCCCUACCAGUGCUCCGACUGCGGGAAGACUUUCCGCGAGGAAGCGUAUGUUCUCCAGCACCAAAGAAUCCACACGGGAGAGAGGCCGUACGUCUGCACUGUGUGCGGGAAGGGCUUCUUCCGCCGAGGGUCCCUCCUCCUCCACGAGAGGAUCCACACGGGGGAGAAACUGUACAGAUGCCCGGACUGUGGGAAGAGCUUCAGCCGGAGGCCGCACCUCGCCGUACACAGAAGGAUCCACACCGGGGAGAAACCCUACGAAUGCUCGGAUUGCAGGAAGACCUUUGCGGUGAAGUCUGCUCUGAACGUCCACAUGAGGACUCAUUCCGAGGAGAAGCCAUACCAGUGCUUGGACUGUGGGAAGAGCUUCCGUGAGAAAGGGAGCCUCACGAUCCACAAGCAGAGUCACACGGCCGAGACGCCGUUUCAGUGUGCGGAGUGUGGGAAAUGCUUCCGUUACAAAGCAUCUUUUCGGAGACACCGGAAGACCCACUCGGUAGGACCGGUCCUGAAAUCGUACGAGUGCCCUGAAUGCGGGAAAGGCUUUGGUCGCAAAGACUACCUUAUCACCCAUCGGAGGAUCCACACGGGAGAGAAGCCUUACAUGUGCUCCAUAUGCGGGAAGACCUUCAAUCAUGGCGCAACCCUCGUCACCCACAAGAGGACCCAUACUGGAGAGAAGCCUUACGAGUGCUCCGAGUGUGAUAAAAGCUUCAAGCAAAUUUCGGGUCUGAUUACGCAUCGGCGGACCCACACGGGAGAGAAGCCAUACGAAUGUUCCGAGUGUGGGAAACGCUUCAUCCUGAAAUCCUAUCUGGACAUUCACAAGAGGAUGCACACGGGAGAGAGGCCGUAUCAGUGUUCACACUGUGGGAAGGGUUUCUCGUGUUCUUCUUACCUGUUGAGGCACGAGAAAACGCACACUGAGGAACGAACGCACACAUGUUCUGACUGUGGUGAGAGCUUCCACUGGAAGCGUUCCCUUAUUAUGCACAUGAGGAAACAUACUGGGGAACAGAACAUACACAAAUGCCCGGUCUGUGGCAAAACCUUCAGCUGGUCGUCGGCGCUGAACGUUCACAUGAAAACCCACACAGGAGAGAAACCGUACACUUGCUCCGAAUGCAGGAAAAUGUUCAGCAGUAAAUGGAUCCUUCUUCAGCACAAGAGGAUCCACACAGGGGAGAAACCCUACGACUGCCCGGAGUGUGGGAAAAGCUUCCAUGUGAAAUCAUCUCUUCUUGCCCAUAAACGGACUCACACAGGGGAGAAGCCCCACGAGUGUCCCGAGUGCGGGAAGAGCUACAGCGUCAAAGCCAACUUUGUGGCUCACAUGAGAACCCACACAGGGGAAAAGCCGUACGAAUGCUCGGACUGCGGGAAAAGCUUUUAUAAGAAGGACCGCCUCAUGACACACAAGCGCACCCACACGGGAGAGAAACCCUACCAGUGCUCGGAGUGCGGGAAGGGGUUCAACUGGAAAGUGGGCCUGAUCAACCACAUGAGGAUUCACACGGGGGAGAAGCCCUACGCCUGCGCGGCCUGUGGGAAGUGCUUCCAUAAGAAAGACCACCUGGCCAGGCACGAGAUCAUCCACACGGGGGAGAAGCCCUACGCCUGCGGGGAUUGUGGGAAAAGCUUCAACCAGAAGGUGGCUCUCAUUGUGCACAGGAGGACUCACACAGGAGAGAAGCCGUACAAAUGUGCCGAGUGCGGGAAGAGCUUCAGCUGGAAGAAAUCCCUGAUCACGCACAAGGCGGCUCACACUGGGAAGAAACCCUACCAGUGCGCCCACUGUGCGGAAAGCUUCAGCCGGCGCUCCCAUCUGGCCGAACAUGAAAGUUCCCAUGGAGCUUCCCUUGCGGUCACAUCACAGAUUUCAGUGGAGGAAGUCACUACUGCUGUGGUGAGUUUGGAUUGCAACACCAUCAUUUUAACCACCGCCGUCUAGAUCGGGAGCCUUGGAAAGCCAAACUGGGGUAAAGGAUUCUGGAAUUGAGCCCAUUUGCCAAAACCCUUAAAAAUUGUGUCAUUUCCUGGGGUUUCGCUGCCCUUCGUCUGCUUCGGGAGUACUGCAGUUUAUGCUACGAUUAUUCCUCUCUCCACGUUUUCUUUAGCGUUCAGUGAAACCUUCCUUGAGCAUUGGUAUAAACACGUUUGCUAACAUCCUUGUACUUUGCUUGCAUUUUUGUGACAAAUAUAGACCCAAAUAAAAUGAUUGAGAAACAGA